AGCAGGUGUGGUCUAAAUAUCAUGCUGCUGCCUCCGGGGAUGAGGAGAAGCCCCCGAGAAGUGGCGUGGCCACUGCUCCCAGAGUCUCCAUCACCUGCCCACUCAAGCCAGCUAAUUUUAUUGGCCUUCGGUCUACAGUACCAAGAGGCCUUGGAAGUAUAAAUAAUAAAGCAAGAAAACCAGAUCCAUUUGGCUGGCCCAGUGGAUUUCUCCUGAAUGCACUGAAAAAAUCCAACUCAAACCAGCCAAUCCAUAAAGGGAAAUUUACUGGCUCUUAUAACUUGGAGAAACAGAAGUGAGUGAGCUUCGGGUGAAGCUUGAUCCAGGGACUCCAAAGAUGUCACCAAGACAAUCGCCAAAGAAAAUGAACCCCAUCUUGGGCCUGGGCCUACUUUUGGCUGGCCUUCUCACUGUGGAAAGUCUUCAGCAGCCCAACCUCCCUCUGAAGAAUCAUGUACCAGUGAGCCAGAUCGAAUCAUGGAAGGGAAGGAGGGCAGCCCAGGAGCUCACAAAGCAGAACACAGAAUUCGGCUUCAAGCUUUUCAGGAAGCUGGCGUCCAAUAGCCCGGACAAGAACAUCUUCUUUUCCCCCUUGAGCAUCUCUUCAGCCUUUGCUAUGCUAUCUCUGGGUGCCCAGGAUUCCACCCUGGAUGAGAUCAAGGAGGGUUUCAACUUCAGGGAUAUUCCAGAGAAAGACCUUCAUGAAGCCUUUCAUUACCUCAUCCACAGGAUAAACCAGGAGGGCCAGAACCUGAAGCUGAACCUCACAAACACCUUGUUCAUCGACAAGAAGCUGAAGCCACAGAAGAAGUUUCUGACAAAUGUCAAGAACCAGUACAAUGCAGACACCGUCCCCAUCAACUUCCAGAACUUGGAAGAUACUCGGAGGCAGAUCAAUGACUAUAUCAAUCAGAAAACCCAGGGGAAAAUCAACAACCUGAUCAAGAAUAUAGAUCCUGGCACUGUGAUGCUUCUUACAAAUUGUAUUUUCUUUCUAGCCAGGUGGAAACAAGAAUUUGAUCCAAAAGCAACUAAAGAGGAAGACUUCAUCCUGGAUGGAAACAAGUCAGUGAAGGUGCCCAUGAUGUUCCGUGGGGGCAUAUAUGAAGCCGGCUAUGAUGAACAGCUCUCCUGCACUGUCCUGGAAAUGCCCUACCAAGGCACCAUCACUGCCAUCUUCAUUCUUCCUGAUAAGGGUAAAAUGAAGAAUGUGGAGGAGGCCAUAAACACGGACACUUUGGUCAGAUGGAAAAAACUAACAACACGAAAGGUCGUGGACAUAUCUUUGCCCAGAUUCUCCAUCACCGGGACCUAUGACCUGAAGAGGACGCUGUCCUACCUGGGUAUCACCAAAAUCUUUGAGGAGCAUGGUGAUCUCACCCGGAUCUCCCCUCAUCGAAGCCUAAAAGUGGGUGAGGCGGUGCACAAGGCAGUGCUGAAGAUGGAUGAGAAGGGGACGGAGGGCGCAGCGGGCUCCGGAGCACAGACGCUGCCCAUGGAGAAGCCGCUCUCCAUCACUAUAAACAGACCCUUUUUGGUGCUUAUUGAGGAUAGCGUCCUGUCUACUAUAAUCUUCAUGGGAAAGAUUACUAAUCCUACUGGGGCGUAACGGGGACUUCCAGCGAUGGCUUGGGGCUGAGAACGUUUUGUCUGCCUGAGAUCGGGAUUGAGGACCUUCUAAUCUAAUCCUACACCAUCAAGAGCUCCCAAGAACACCGUCCACACAGGCAGCACGGCUGGCUUUGGGGGCUCCUGUGCCUCAGCCCUCUCCCUGCCCUUUCUAGUGUAGGAUUCGGACCCCCACCACCACCCACUUGGCUGGCUGUGAUCUUCUCUCCCCGGAGAGGCAGAAGAGGGGCUUCGUGAUUUAAUAAACACCCCCUCAGUUCUGC